AUGGUCCACGAACUCUCUUCCAGAGUCCAUCGAGCCACGAGCUCUGCUCCCAACCUCGAUCGAGUGCUCGAAGAAGUCCAGCGCUCACCGUUUACGGCACGAAUCUCUCGCAUUCAAGUCCGUUACGUAAACAAGUUUAAGUUCACCCCGUACAACGGAUUAGACGAUCCGAAACCAUUUUUAACGUCAAUGAGUUUUGCAAUCAGCCGAGCUCAUUUCAGUGACGAAGAGUACGAAGCUGGCUGCUGCCACUAUCACGACCUUACCAUCGUUUUUCUCCAACAUCACUCUACAUUCAUGAUUCGAGGUGCGUCGAACGCCGAUCUCUGGAACAUGUUCCAGCGAAACGACGAAUCUCUCCGAGACUUCAUGGAGAGGUUUAAAAGAAUCAUCUCGAAGCUCUCGAUUGCCGACGACACGGCAAUAUCAGCUCUCCAAAAUGCUCUCGCUCACGGCUCCCGAUUUAGGGAGGACAUAAUAAUACACGAGCCUCUGACUCUGGAUGACGCACUACACCGUGCUAACAGAUACAUAGAGUUAGACGAAGAGAAGGCAUCGAGGACAAACCGUCCAGAACCCCCGGCCCCCAAAUCGUCCAAAGGAAAAGAGAAGGCACAAGACGAGCAUCACGAGCCUCGUCAACACUUUGACAAAGAAUACGCCGAUAAGUUGGACAAAGGAAAGAAAGUCCAAACGUUUGCAGUUAGUAAUCAAGACCCCAAGGCAUCUUCAUCAAGGCCCUGGAAUAACAAGUGGGUCCGAGACCCAUCAGGAAAGGGUGGCAACAAAUAUUGCGAAUACCACAAGCGAGCAGGACACUCAACAGAAGAGUGCCGCACCCUCCAACAAAUAUUGCUCGACAAAUUUAAAGAAGGCCAAAUUGACGUCGAUCUCGAGCGACGACAAAUAGCUGUUCACAGGGAUAACCAUUUCUUCAAUCCUGAGAACGAAAACCCAAGCAAGCAAUAUAACACCGCCCCCGCGCCACAACCGAGACCCGAAACCUUACCACCGCCCCCCAUCAACCCAUAA